AUGUCGAAGGACGCUGAAUCGCCAAGCCCGACUGCCGACGACGCUCGUCGCGCGAGCAUUUCGCAAACGGAGAAGGGUCGCUGGGAAAGACUGUGGCCGGUCAUUGCCUGCGGUGCUGGACUUUUCAGUGAUGGAUACCUCAACAACAUCAUUGGACCGGUGAACACCAUGCUUUCCAAGAUAUAUCCCGACGAGUAUGGGUCUUCUUCGGCUCAAGCGAACGUGUCCAGUAUCACGUUCGCUGGUACGGUCCUCGGAAUGCUGUUCUUUGGAUACACGUCAGAUCACUUCUCGAGGAAAUGGUCGCUGUUCGCUUCAACCAUCAUAAUCAUUUUGUUUGCGACCUUGGGUACUGCCAGUUAUGGCGCAGGCGGAAGCCCCAGCGGCUUGCUCGCGGCCCUGGUAGCGUAUCGGUUCUUUCUUGGAAUCGGCAUUGGAGGAGAAUACCCAGCCGGCUCUGUAGGUUGUGCCGAAGGAACUGGAGAGCUGAAGGCGGGCUCGAGAAACAAGUGGUUCAUUCUCUUCACGAACGUCCAGAUCGACUUGGCAUUUUUCAUCUCCGCGAUCGUCGCAACAGUGGUGGUCGUCAUCACUGGCGAGAAUCACCUCCGCGUAGCAUGGCGUAUUUGCCUCGGGAUCGGAAUCCUUCCUCCACUGUCGCUCUUGUACCUUCGUCUCAAGUUGCAGGAGCCAGAAGCCUUCAAGCGCGAGUCACUCGCCAAAGCCAAGACCCCCUGGCUACUCAUCAUGAAAUUUUACUGGCAACGACUGAUAAUCGUCAGUAUCAUUUGGUUUAUUUACGACUUUUCCGCGUAUUCCUUUGGCAUUUACGCGACAACCAUAGUUAAUAAUUUGCUCGGAGAGGAUCAGCCGUUGUGGAAGAGCUUGGCAUGGAACAUCCUCAUCAACUUCUUCUACCUCCCCGGCUGUCUUGCUGGAGCCUUCGUCGCGGAUCUGAAGAGUAUGGGACCGAAGAAGACUCUGUUUAUCGGUGUUAUGCUGCAGGCUGUCAUUGGCUUCAUCAUGGCAGGCUGCUACCCAUGGCUCGCGGAACCCAAGAACAUUGGUGGCUUCGUUGUAGUUUACGGGGUUUUCCUCAUGCUGGGCGAGUUUGGACCUGGCGAUAACAUCGGUCUUAUUGCAUCAAAAACGUGUGCGACCGGUAUCAGGUAA